GGCGGCACAAAAUGGCUGGCUCAGUGGCUGGUAGAGUGCGGUGAGGGCAGACAUGACCUUUGUCUCCAACCUGUGAAGCAUUUACGCUACCUCUAACCUUAAAAUGUCGAACCCUACGUUUAGAACGCGCAUAUCACAAUUAAGAAAAAGGAAAAUUACUAAAAAGAAAAUAGUGAGGAGGGGAAACCCGUUAAAUCAACGAAAUAAUGAGGAUGAUUGUGAAGUCCCUAUAGUUCCUGGAUCAGCUCUGGCUCUUUUAGGGCUGGUGGCUGGAGGAGCAGCUGCUGCUGGUGAAGCAGGCCCCUCCUCUGCUCUUGUUGGCACUUCCACACAUCACCAUCCUCCAUAUCACCUACGUCGCAAGUCCCCUACACAUCCAGUUAGCCCACCUUCCACCAUAGGAGCAGCAGCAGCAACAGCAUCAGUAACAGCCUCUCCUACUACAGCAUCACCAGCGGGAGUCUCAGCCGCAACAGCUGGACUUCCGUCUGCUGCCACAAACUCUGCACCAUUGCUCUCACCCACUGCUGCUAUUGCUGCUGCAACUACGUACUGCCCUUCCAUGCUACCUGCCCGCAAGCGCCCUCGGAGAACAUAUUUUACAGGGGAUUCUUCCACAGGGCUUGGGUGCAACCCAUUUACUGCAGCACAUUACCUCUUGUAUGAACUUCCUGAUGAGGUGCUACUCACUAUUUUUUCCUACCUGUUUGAGAGAGAUCUUUGUCAUGUAGCACAAGUCUGUAAACGCUUCUACACGAUAGCCAAUGACAAUGAGCUUUGGAAAAAUCUUUAUCAAGGUCUUUACGAGUAUGAUCUACCAUUAUUCAACCCCUCUUCAUGCAAAUUUGACUUUGUACAACCUGAAGACUGUGACUGCGAUAACCCUUGGAAAGAAAGUUUCAAGCAGUUAUAUCAUGGGGUACAUGUUAGAGAAGGACAUCAAAAAUAUGCAACAAAGGAGACUGGUCGAUCUGUUGCAUAUUUUGAAACUAUACAGGCUGCCUUUGAAUACUGUGAUGAUGCAGAGAAACCUCUUGUUUUAAUUCAUUCCGGUGUCUACCGGGGACAACUUAUUGUUAUCGAGACCAACAUUGCUCUUAUUGGAGCUGCACCUGGCAAUGUGGCAGAGAACGUAAUUUUAGAAAGAGAAUGUGAAUCCACCGUUAUGUUCAUGGAAGGAGCACAGCAGGCAUAUUUGGGUUAUGUCACAAUAAAAUUUUCUCCUCCUAGUUGUACAGAAACUAUGCAGCAUCACAAGCACUAUGCACUGGAAAUCCAAGAGAAUUGUGCACCCACUAUAGAGCACUGCAUUAUUCGCAGUAUUUCUCAUUUGGGAGCAGCAGUUAGCGUGAGUGGUCCAGGUGCAGAACCAGUAAUUCGUCAUUGUGAAAUAAGUGAUUGUGAGAAUGUGGGCCUCAUUAUUACUGACCGGGCACAAGGCCAUUAUGAGGAUAAUGAGAUCAGUCGCAAUGCCCUGGCUGGAAUAUGGGUCAAGAACUAUGCAAACCCCAUCAUGCGGCGCAAUCACAUUCACCAUGGGAAAGAUGUGGGAAUAUUUUGUUUUGAUGGAGGACUAGGCUACUUUGAGGCAAAUGACAUCCAUAAUAAUCGUAUUGCUGGCUUUGAAGUCAAGGCUCAGGCUAACCCAACGGUUGUACGGUGUGAAAUACACAAUGGCCAAACAGGAGGUAUAUAUGUACAUGAGCAUGGAAUGGGUCAGUUCAUAGAAAAUAAAAUUCACUCCAACAAAUAUGCUGGAGUGUGGAUAACCUCAAACAGCAAUCCAACUAUUAGACGGAAUGAAAUUUACAAUGGUCUUCAAGGUGGUGUUUAUAUAUUUGGAGAUGGCAGAGGACUUAUAGAACACAACAAUAUAUAUGGUAAUGCAUUAGCUGGUAUCCAGAUCCGCACCAACAGUGAUCCCAUAGUGCGGCACAAUAAGAUUCAUGAUGGUCAGCAUGGAGGAAUAUACGUACAUGAAAAGGGUCAAGGACUUAUAGAAUGUAACGAAGUAUAUGCCAACACACUUGCUGGAGUCUGGAUUACAACAGGAAGCACGCCAACAUUAAGAAGGAACCGUAUACAUUCUGGAAAGCAAGUGGGCGUUUACUUUUAUGACAAUGGCCAUGGAGUGCUAGAAGAUAAUGAUAUCUUCAACCACUUAUACUCAGGUGUACAAAUUAGGACUGGAAGCAAUCCAAUAAUCCGUCGAAAUAAGAUAUGGGGUGGGCAGAAUGGUGGUGUCUUAGUAUAUAAUGGGGGAUUGGGGGUACUUGAACAAAAUGAGAUAUUUGACAAUGCCAUGGCUGGUGUGUGGAUCAAGACUGAUAGUAAUCCUAUUCUACGACGAAACAAAAUAUAUGACGGAAGAGAAGCUGGAAUCUGUAUAUUUAAUGGUGGAAAAGGUUUGCUAGAAGAAAACGACAUUUUUCGUAAUGCACAGGCUGGCGUCUUAAUAUCUACACAAAGUCAUCCAACUCAAAGCCACCCUAGUCUAAGAAGGAACCAGAUAUACGAUGGGUUGGCAGCAGGAAUCGAAAUAACAAAUAAUGCCACAGCUACUUUAGAGUACAACCAAAUAUUUAAUAAUCGUUUUGGAGGACUGUGUUUAGCAUCAGGAGUGAAUCCUAUCCAAAGAGGCAAUAAGAUUUUUAAUAACCAUGAUGCAGUGGAAAAGGCUGUAUCAAGUGGCCAGUGUCUUUACAAGAUAUCAUCGUACACCAGUUUUCCCAUGCACGACUUCUACCGGUGCCGAACGUGUAAUACCACUGAACGUAAUGCUAUAUGUGUAAACUGCAUCAAAACUUGUCAUAGUGGACAUGUAGUUGAGUUCAUACGUCAUGACAGGUUUUUCUGUGACUGUGGUGCAGGGACAUUAAAUAACCAGUGCCAGCUACAGGGAGAGCCAACUCAAGAUACAGAUACUCUGUAUGACUCGGCCGCUCCAAUUGAAUCCCAGUCGCUCAUGGCGGAAGUCUAACUACCGCCCAAAAACCGCUUAGCUAUGUCAAAAGUGUCUACGUAGAAUCAACCUCAGAUACCCACCAGCCUUCUGAUCUAUAACCAGUAUUUAGAACAGCAGGAUUAGUGUCAGUGUGCACUGUACUUGUGGCCAAACUUGAAGUAUUGGCAAUUUAAGGUUAAUAAAAACACAUACCCACCUUCUGUACUGUGAUUUGUCCACAUCAAUACAUAGCCUUAUACUGGAUUAUAUUUCUAUUUACUAUGACUUAUAUGUGGACUUUAAAAAAGUGAUUGUGGACACCUGUACAGUUCAUGAAAAGUAGACCCAAAGUGGCUUUUUAUCAAAAGUGCAUUAAGUGUAAUGGAGGGUGAUAUGGAACAAAACUCCUGUAUUGAAAAAUGUUAAGUGGCCUGAUUUGAUCCUGCUCCAUCUUUACAAUUAUCCUCAUUUUUUACAUAAGCGUGAUGUGUAUCACAUCAAUUUUAUGGAAUGGCAACACCAGGUAGUUGUCAAAACAUUUCCUGCACAAGAUGAAAAUUAUUUUGUAGGUCAGUAUUGUUAAUAUACAUUGCACAGGGAAACUACUGUGGAUAAAUGCUUGUUUUCAUUGUUAGUACACACUUGCUAUAGAGAUAACCAGAAAUUGGCACAAAACCAUAACCUUUGAAGCACAAGAAUGGUUGUUCUCCAGCUAGAAGACUGUGCGUGUUUCCACUAGUACCAGUGAUGUACAUAAAUGCUGUUUGGGAUGUGUGAGGGCUUUGUAAAUAUGUGUUGAAUGCAGGAAAACUAGCCUAGAUACAGCUAAUGAGGGUCAAUUUGCAGUGUUAUGAUUGAGUACAGUUCGUAAUUAGAGUUUAAGCUGUUAAGAUUUUUAUAUAUUACAAUAAUGAUGACAAAACCAAUAUGCAGUAAUUGUAGUUGUUUCUGAUCACUUCCUGUGUUCUGUUUUGAAGAUCUGUUGUAUUUUUUUGCAUGUGAAGUUUAGUUGCAUUUAUAAUGUAUUUGUGACAUAUAAGGAUAUUUGUUGUCUCAAUUUUGUUAAGAUUUUAUACUGAAUUGGAACACUACAGAUAACUGUGAUUAAAACCAAAAUAAGCCUAAUGUUACUGCUUACACCCUGGGAGGGGCCAAGAAAAUACACCAAUGGCAUCAUUUCCCAUUGCAGUAAAAUUAUUUUCCUGCAGAAUGUAGUAUUGGUAUGAUAUUUGUGCAGCUUUGUGAAGAUGGAUUUAGAUAGUGCCUUUAUUUUUGCAUUCAUAGGUAGCAUGUCCGACCACAGUGUCUGAAUCCAUUGUGAUCCCAUCAUUCCCUGCAGUACAUGGCCACAAAAUUUUUCCUUCCAUAAUUCAAUAUAAACGUUCUUUUCUGCCCAUGCUUGCACCAACACCCUUGACUGCUAUAUUUUUACCUACAUUUUCUUGCUAUAUCACUCAUUGACUUAAAUUUGAAUAUAUUGUUAACCUUUCCCUUGCAGUAUAAAACUCGGCACUGUGUUCUUUGUGACUCCACCUAUGUAUCUCCAUCCUAUGAACCUAGGGAUGAGCAGUAUAAGUUGACACAACUUUAAAUGCGUUCCUUAUGACACUAUAUUCAUGUGUCCUUCAUAUAGUCCUUGUUAUACAACCUCAAUAUUCCUUGUGGCUCCUGUGAUAUGGAGUCCAACAUCAAAAUAACCUUUGCUGGUUUCCUGUAAUGACUUCAUGGACCGUGUGACGGCCUCGGUAUGAUAUUUUCAUAGGUCUUGUAAUAAAUAUAUUAAUGCCUGACUCUGUUUUCCCUGUCACACUGUUCCCUUCCCUUUGUCCCUGUGACACACCAUACCUCAAUACCCCCUCCUUGUUGUCCCUAUCACACAGCUGUAAAAAUUCCUCCCAUGUUUUGUAUGGAAUCUUCCUAUAUAGAAGUAGCGAUGUUACUGUUGCUCAAUGUGCCAUAUGUGUGUUUUAGUUUUUUCAUAUAGUUUAGAGUUCAAAAUGGUAUAUGCAUAUGUGCCAGAAAGUUGAAAGAAUGAAUUGAGAGAUGUGUAAUCAACUGAUCUAUAAAUCAUAAAAGCCCAGAGAAGAUACUCAUGUUAAGUGUGUUUGGUUUGAGUAUGCGUGAAUGACAUUAACAAUGACGUAAUAUAUUUUGAUUGCCUUUGGUUUAUAAGGCAUAUUGCUAUCAGACGCAUUCUAAUUUCUUUUUAAUUAGGAAUUAUCUAGUGCACAGUAAGAAUAUGUAAUGCUUUAUCACAAUGAAGUGUUACCUUAGUGUUCAAGUGUGCUUCCAUAAUAAUUGUAAUUGGGCUCCCCCUUCCAUUCAACUAAGUACAUAUUAGCACCACUUUGUGUACAUCAAAGAAUUGACACUUGAAAAGAAUUGAGGAGGGGGCCUUACCUAAUAAAGCCACUAAACCUGUGAAGAGAUUGGAGGCAGACAGUUGUAACUUCAUCUAUAUUAUUUUUCCCCUUCUUCUUUCUCACUUUUAGACAGAUUGUAUGCUGGUUAUGUGUUUGCUUCUGCAAUAGAUUUCUUAUGCCAGAACAGAGAUUUGUAUUCGUUUUAGGAUGCACAUCUUCUAAUUCAUGUGUACUUAGUGUGCAGUUGUAGGACUGGUGUAACUGUGACAGGUAAAGAUACGAGCAAGAUAGUAAUGGUUUUUGUAUCUUAUUGUAUCGAGGGGGGGGGGAAAUGCCAUCCACAUUGUUUGAAAUUUUAUAUAUUUUUAGUGGGAACCUUUGGGAAUGGAUGAAAAACUGGCUUAAAGGUAAAUAGCUGUAUACUGUAUUAUAGAUCUCUCAUAAAAUUGAGCGUGAAAGCUUUUCUAUUUUGACAGUUCGUAAUCAAAAUAACAGUUUACUGCUAGUUUCGUAUAUUUACUUGACACAAACAAAUGUGCGUAUCCUUCUUAAUAUGCCUAUGAGUGAAUUAUGUGUAAGUAAUUACCAGUGGCUAGGUAUAAUGGAACUGGUAUUUUAUCAUACAUCUUUCAGAAAAACACAAAGAAAAUAGUUUCUAUUUUCCUGGGCAUAGAGAGUGAGGGUUGGGAAGAUAAAUGCUGUUAUUUGCAUCUUCAGCUCGGCUAAUGCUCAGUUGUGACUUAUGUAAGAGUAUGAUUGCUUAAUAUUGCAUCAUAAGCAUAUAAACAAAAUAAAGUAUAAAAUAUACAAAUGUAACUCAUGGGUUGCUACAUAAAUCACAACAGAAACUAAGUUGGGCUGCAGGAUGAAGAAACGUGUACCCAGGUCUUAUUGUACCUCCAGCUGAAAUUUUGUAAGACUCCUUGAGUAAAUAGUUACUAGUUAAUUGGAAAAUGGCGUGUUUUUUACACUUUGAUAGUGAUGCAAAGAAGUAUAUAUUAUAUAUAUAUAUAUAUAUAAAUAUAUAUAUGAGUUCACAAGUUUUCAACACUCAAGUGCAGUUUGUAAGUAGUGCAUUAGAUUGUGCGCUGUUGUAUCUCGGCAUCACAUCCCACUUUGACCUGUAUAGCCUUGAAGUGAAAUAUUCAACAUAGGGGUAAUAUUGUAAGUACAUAUUGCCAGGCUUAUAUAUCUGGCAGAUACUUUUUAGGUGACAAGAAAUACAUAAAACACACAACUUACUGCUGUGAUGUAUGCCCAACUUGUAAAGAAAACUUAUUUUAUAGUCACUGACAUGACAGGCUAUGUUAUAAGCAUUGUCAUCAUUUUUAAUGUAGGCAUGGAGUGGUUUUUGUAUUACCCAGGUCUCAUAUUCCACAUAUCGAUGUAGCAUUCAUAUUUGCUCCAAGGUAAAAAAAAAAAAAUGCAGGUCAAAAUACUGCCUU